AUGCAAAGUGCUUUAGUGGGCUACUGGCACAACAAUGGCUUCUAUGGGCACUACAGAGGCCGAUUCAAGAGUGAAAGUGCUGGAGAAUACCGCUUUGCAGCCAAGCCCCAGCCUCCUGCAGUGUUCCAGCAAUGAUGUCAGGAGCCAGCGCAGCAACACUUCUUUUCCAAGCAUGACAACCGCACUUCCUUCGACAAAGGCCCCUACUGCCUGCUGCAGGGAGUCAGAAGGUGGAAAGACCUGGAACGCCUGUGGCAGCGACACACCUUCCUGCGCUGGGCACCCUGUGAGCUGGAGUUCCACAAGCAGCGGCCCCUUGAAUCCUCCUACCAGGCCAAUUUCCGGUCAGGCCCAGGACUCAGUGACCUCCCUCAGCGCCUUGUCCACUUUGUGCAGAUCCCACCUCCCCAUGAAAGCACUACCUACCAGCAGAGCUUCUGCCAGCCAUCCUGAGGUGGCCAUCGUGGCAACAACGUGGCACCCCAGNCCACUGCCUACUGA